AUGACUGCCGCAGACGAGGAUAUCGAGAAGAAGCUCUCGCCCGCUGUCGAGUCGGCGGGUGACAUGCCGGCUCCGGCAUACGACGAUGUGGUGAGCGCGGCCCCGGAGGUCGCCGCUCUGAAGCGAAGCUUGAAGGGCCGUCAUAUGCAGAUGAUUGCCAUUGGUGGUUCCAUUGGUGCUGGUCUGUUCGUUGGUACUGGAAGUGCAUUGAGCUCGGGAGGUCCCGGAGCUCUGCUUCUUGGCUACUUGAUUGUUGGCUUCAUGCUUCUUCUCACCAUCCAGGCGCUGGGAGAGUUAGCUGUUCUGUACCCCCAAAAUGGUGCCUUCUUCACCUACUGUGUCCGAUUCAUCAACCCUGCUUGGGGCUUUGCAGUCGGCUGGGACUAUGCGAUCAGUUGGCUCAUCAUUCUUCCCUUCGAGAUUACCGCUGCUAGUCUCACCAUUGAGUAUUGGCGGGACGAUCUGAAUGUUGGAAUCUGGAUUGCAGUAUUCUUGGUGGUUCUCUCAGUCAUCCAAGUCUUUGGCGUGCGGGGCUAUGGUGAAGUCGAAUUUGCGCUGGGUAUGAUCAAGGUCAUUGCGGUCAUCGGCUUCAUCAUCCUCGGUAUCGUGAUCGAUUGCGGCGGUGCCCCCAAGGGCGGAUAUAUUGGAGCGCGCUACUGGCAUAACCCCGGCGCUUUCACCGACUUCCGAGGCUUCUGCUCGGUGUUCGUGACUGCUGCCUUUGCCUUCUCCGGUACCGAGAUGAGUGGCCUUGCUGCUGCGGAGGCCGCCAACCCUGCCAAGUCUGUGCCCAAGGCCACCAAGCAGGUCUUCUGGCGUAUUAUGAUCUUCUAUGUGCUGGGCACUUUCAUUGUGGGCCUGAUUGUCCCCCAUGAUGCCGACUAUCUGCUCAACUCCUCCGGUGCCAACACCAAGGCUUCGCCUUUCGUCGUCUCGAUCCAAAAUGCCGGUAUCACUGGUCUGCCCUCGGUCAUGAAUGCUGUCAUCACUAUUUCUGUCGUCAGUGUCGCCAACUCUGCUACGUACGGAUCUAGCCGUACUAUCCAAGCCCUGGCUGCGCGAGGCAUGGCACCCAAGUUCCUGGCAUACGUUGACGGGAAGGGCCGCCCCCUGUACUGCAUUCUGCUCCAGAUCGCCUUCGGUUUCCUGGCGUUCAUCAAUGAGGCAUCAAGCACCGGCGGUAUUAUCUUCAACUGGCUUCUGGCUCUUUCCGGCACUAUCUCCUUCUUCGUCUGGGGCAGUAUCUGCCUCGCCCAUAUUCGCUUCCGCGCGGGCUGGAAGCAUCACGGACGCGACACCAGUGAACUGGCCUUCACCGCUCCGUUCGGUGUGGUGGGCAGCUGGAUUGGCCUUGGCCUCAAUGUGAUGUGCCUGGUGGCUGAGUUCUAUGUCUCUAUCGCUCCGAUGGACGCAGAGAUCUUCUUUGAGAACUAUCUGGCUGCCCCGUUGAUCAUUGCCCUCUUCUUCGGCUGGAUCAUCUACACAAAGUUCAACAAAGAUCCUAAGCUGGACCGGGGUAACUGGUUUGUGAAGGUUGAGGACAUGGAUGUCUUCAGCGACAUGCGUGAUACUGCGCUGGACGUUGACCUGCCGCCCAAGGUCGUGUAUCAUACCUGGGGAGAGUGGAUCAAGGCGGCGCCCAUGAGAAUCAUUCGCUCGAUUUUCUAG